AACGCAUCAUUUCCUUUUUGACAAAAAAAAACCCAUUAUGACGUCGUCAUUUCGCGACAACUACUACAACCCAAACUCUUCGCGGCUAACGUUACCUUGUAUAUAUGUCAAUGAACGUUACAGUCGAGAAAGAGUACUUUUAAGCACGUUACGGUACCUAUAACAACCGAUGACAACUUGGAAACGAUGCUACAGCAGCCAGAAUUGGUCCGACUUCUGACAGAUGGACAUUUAUUAUUAAAAAACUGCGAUGAAGACUGUUUGACAGGAAUCCAACAGGAGCCGAGGCAGAGUGUGGACGAGGAGGGAAAUCCGUUCAACUUCACCCCGCAGCUCAUCCACCUGCACAAGGACCACGAGUUCUUUGAGGAUGGGGAUAUUCACAGACACAUGUAUCUGCAAGACCUCUACAUCUCAGAGGCUGACGGCAAGCCACCACUCAGCGUGUCAGAGUUUGCCUGUCACAUUUCUGGCUGCAGUGCAGUCUUCAGCACUUUGGAGGAGUAUGAGCACCACUACAACUCCCUUCACAGACAUGUGUGCUGCUCUUGCCGUCGCUCCCUGCCAAGUGCCCGGCUCCUAGACAUUCACAUUCAGGAGUGGCAUGACUCUCUUUUCACUAUCCUUGCCCAGCGGCAAGAUUUGUACCAGUGUUUGGUGGAGGGCUGUGGACAGAAGUUCAGGACUAGUAAACACAGGAAAGACCACCUCAUCAGAAUUCACAAGUAUCCUCCAGACUUCAGAUUUGACAAAACCAAAAAGGACAGAGGAACCCGACAGAUGAAGAGACAGCAGCAGAAAGAUACAGCCAUGGAGUUAGUGGGACGAUGUAUGUGAGUCUGAGGGUGUGAGUGAGGUUAUGUGUGAUGUGCUGUCCCACCAACUCGAGCAAGGAGAAUCCAUGGAGACGCAUGUGUCUGAGGAAGAAGCUGCUCGCAUGGCAAAGUCAGCCUCUACUGAGGAGCACGCAGAUCUUUCU